GCCAAAUGCGGAAGCGACCUUUCUGCGUGAAGUCGCCCGCUCACGCCUCCCGCCACGACGACGACGACGACGACGAAGACGGGCCAUGUUCGCCAACUCUUACAAGGCUGCAUGGCGAAGAGCCCAGCGUAUGGUGCGCUUUAACAGCACCGCCGCUGCUGCCCCCAACACCACUUCUCCAACGGCGGUGUCCGCAGGCCAGGAUCCAGCCGAGCGGGCAUACUCAUCGGUCGUUGUGCGUGGUCGCGCGCUCUUUGCGCCUCACUACCAUCCCAAAACGCACGGCGUGCCCGUCGCACUUAUCCACUUCCGCUCCUACCACCUCGACCUCCUUAACGAGUUCACGCACUUCAGCGCUCACGCCGCCGCCGCACUCGGUAUACCCAUAUCUAAAACGGUCCCUCUUCCGACGAAGCGCACACUCUGGACGGUGAUCCGCGGCCCUUUCGCGCACAAGAAAUCACAGGAGAACUUCGAGCGUCGCACGCACAAGCGGCUCAUCAAGGCGUGGGACGCGGACAUGGAGGUCGUCGACCGCUGGGCGAAGUACCUCGAGGAGCAUACCAUGGCUGGCGUUGGUAUCCGGGUCGUGCGGUGGCAUCGAGCGCCGGUGAGCAUCGGGCGAAAGCAGUUCGAUGCGGUUAUGGGCCAAAUGCGGCUUGGAGGGCCGACGAGCUCAGAUCAGGUCAAGGCGCUGGGAGAGAAGAUUGUGCAGCAGGAGUUGGCGGCGGUGGAGGGUAGGGAACAAGUAGAGGCUCCAGAAAAGAUUUUGGAGACGGUAUAAUGUGAGUCGCGGGAUAACUACCAUAUCAUCGUAGCAUCUGCUGUUUCUCUCAUUUGAUUCAAAACGUGCGCGAGCCAACUUUGCAUCGG